UUUUUUUUUUUUUUUUUUUUGGCAUCCGCUCAGUUUUCAAUUUCCGAUCAAGCUUUUUGUAGGCAUGGAGAAAUCGGCGAUGGUGGUGGGGCUCGACGACAGUGACCACAGCUUCUACGCCUUGGAGUGGACUCUGCAGCACUUCUUCUCCCCCUCGCCGGAAAAUUCCCAUUUCAAGCUCGUCGUCGUUCACGCCAAGCCCUUGCCGUCGACCGUCGUCGGCUUCGGCGGCCUCGGUUCUGUGGAUGUGCUGCCAAUUGUGGAGGCGGAUUUGAAGAAGAUUUCCGAAAGGGUCGUGAAGAAAGCUAAGGAUCUGUGCACACAAAAAUCUGUGAAUAAUGUGAUAUUCGAGGUUGCUGAAGGUGAUGCUAGGAAUGUUCUAUGUGAGGCUGUAGAAAAGCACCAUGCUUCUGUAUUAGUUGUUGGCAGCCAUGGAUAUGGAGCAAUUAAGAGGGCUGUUUUGGGCAGUGUAAGUGAUUAUUGCGCUCACCAUGCUCACUGCUCGGUGAUGAUCGUCAAGAAGCCCAAGAUCAAGCACUAGUUGCAUUUGUCGAAUAAAAAGUUGAAAUAAAAAUGGUAACCCUUUUGGGUGUAUGAUCAUUGUGUGUUUUUUCAUGUUAAUAAUGGAAUUAUUAACAUAUUUCUAAGGUUGUGUUUAACGAUGUUUGUUCUUGUAUAUUUUUCUGGGUUUUGUGAUUAGAUGCUAUGUAAUGUGAUUGCGAGCUAGUAAGAGCAUCUCCAAUGUUAUAAUGUUGCUAUCGAAUAAAUUUUGACAAAUGUCAAUAAAUUAAAUGCAUUGUGAACCAUGUAGGAAAAAUAUUAAGGCUUUGUUUGGUAAUCAGCGGUUAGCUGAUUGCAUUUGCUGUUUUGACCAGCGGAUUGCGUUAGCUGGUUUGACUAGAUGAUUGUGUUAGCGGUUUGUAAAAGAGUGUUUGGUAGGAUUAGUUAUUUUUAAUUAGCUGUUAACAUGCAAAAUUACUUAUAAGGACAUCAACAUAAUUUAUCGUUCUCAUUUAUAUUGAAC